CGUCGCGGCCCUUGCCACUUGCCACCAUUGUGCCCGCUUCGAUGGGGAUUACCCCUUGAUAGAUCCAGCCCCCGGUCAUCCCUGCGCGUGCUCAAGUGCUCGGUACGAACGCGUCUCCGUUUAAUCCAGCUCUAUGGCCCACGCGAGGUCUCCACUAUGCGCUACAUGCGAAGCGUCGACCGUCUGCAUCUUCGCUGUGGAAAGCUAUGGCCCAAAGCACUCCAAACUAGGUCUGCGCCUUCUGAUCAGCCCCAUGGCUGGAGGCGCAUGCUCGCUGCGUCCGACGUGCCGUAUUUACGCACGCAUUGCGUGCGCAAGAAGUAUGCACGUUCCUUCUUGACGACCGCGGGUAUAAAGGUCGCACGUCGAUGAUGGGAUGGGGUCUUCCUCUCUGGCUUGCCAUUCGCGCGCUCUGCAGGUCUUGAGCUUGCACAUAACAUCUGGAAGAAGAUGUUCCUCCGAACUAGUCUCGUUGCGCUAGCACUCGCGUGCGUCGUCAAUGCUGGGCCUCAUGCUAGAAAGGCCAGCAAGGACGUGGAGGUCAAUGGGGUGAAGUAUACGAGUAAGGGCCUUGUGGGCUUUGGACAGCUGCCUGCGAACGCGAAGGAGGUCACGGGUGAUACCCUAGGCGGCUUGGGUAGCGCCAUCGCCCUGAAGCCCGGCAGCUGGCAGAAGCUCGACAAUGGUUCCUAUACCGGGACGUUAUACGUGCACCCGGACCGGGGCUAUAAUGUCGAGAAGACAGUUGACUACCAAGCGCGCCAUCACGCACUUGACUUCGUGCUCACGCCGUACACCAAGUCGAAGAAGCUAUCUUUCGAGGACGCGCAGAAGACAUUCCAAGUCACCUACACCGGCAGCGUCCUCAAGACCGAGCGCGGCGGGAAGAAGACGACGGGUCUUGACGCGGCCGCGAUCCGCGACGCGUCGGGGAUCGACCCGCAGCUGCCCAUUCCGAGCACAAGCAUCGAUCGCCUGAGCUUGGAUGUCGAGGGCAUGGUUGCGAAUGCGGAUGGCUCGUUCUGGGUCAGCGACGAGUACGGGCCGUACAUCUACCUCUUCUCGGCAGAUGGCGCCUUGUUGCAUGCGAUCGCACCGCCCGCGGCCGUGCUCCCCACGAGGAACGGAACAGUCAACUUCACGUCCGUCGAAGAUCCCGACGCCGGGCGCGCGGCGAACCAGGGGUUCGAAAAUCUGACCCUGGACCCCGCGACGCAGACGCUUUACGCGAUGCUGCAGUCCGCGACCGUGCAAGACGGCGGGGACGAUGAUGAGACGUCACGGCACACGCGACUGCUCGCGUACGACGUGUCGGGCGUGUCGACGGCAGACGGCACGGGGAACGCAUCCUUCUUCGACGAGUGGGUCGUCCAGCUGCCCAUCAGCGGGAACAAGGGCAAGACGCGCAAGGCUAGCGAGAUACACUUUGUCAGCAACGGCACCUUCCUCGUGCUAUGCCGCGACGGGAAAGGCGCGGGCGACGAUGACUCGAAGGCGAAGUACAAGAAUAUCGGGCUGUUCUCACUCUCGGGUGCGACAGAUAUCAGUAACUCGGCGUUUGAUGAUCCUGCGAAUGCACUAGCAAAGGGCGGCGAGUUGGUCGACAGCGUCUCCGCUGCCGAAGUGAUCGACUUUAUUGACUUGAUUGAUGACGACGAGCUCGAGCGCUUUGGACUGCAUAACGGGGGUGACGCUGACGAUACAUUGAUUGCCUCAAAAUGGGAAAGCCUAGCGGUAGCUUCCGUGCAAGACGAUCUAUACCCGGAUGACUACUUCGUCUUCACUGCCGCCGACAACGACUUCAUCACGACAGACGGUGUGUCUGUCGGUGAGCCGUACGACGCAGGAGCCGACGUCGCAAACCAAUUCUUGGUUUUCCGCGCGACUUUGCCAGGGUAUUCCGCGUAGACGCGCGCCACAGCGCCACAACCGUGUAUUCUCGACGUCCAAUCCAAUAUGCUUACCGUUGCACGCACUAGAGACGAUACUUCUUG